GACUGAUUUAGCCAAGGCAAAGGAUAAUUUUAUUCUUAACAUUUUCUCUGUUAUUACAACACCAAUAAUUAUGCUUCAAGUCCAAGUUAAUCAAGGUUAGUAAUAUAAAAUUAUCUGUAUGGGGGCAGAAACUGGUUGAACAUGUGACAACAUGAAGAGUUAAAUAAGAUUUUAUUAUUAUUAUUAGUAGUACUAGUAUUAUGAUCAUAGUUUUCAGUUGUCAAGUCCAUAACACUACUAAUUAUGGAAUUAUAAUAACUGAAAUGAAAUAAGAGUUGGAUAUUUUCUAAUUGCCAGACGUGCCCUUUACUUUUACCAUCACCUUCCCAUAUUGUUGACUCUCAUUUCCCACUAAAUCUGCACUUCCAUGGCAACAGUUGCUGUUCAGUCCUUUGUCUCUGCUCCACUGCAAAUUCCCAAUGUAACACAGUUCAAGAUUGGAAUUUGUCAGCUGAUAGUUACCACAGAGAAGAGUGCAAACAUCUUCAAUGCUCGUAGUCUGAUUCAAACUGCUGCAGAACAAGGUGCAACUCUUAUACUUUUGCCUGAAAUGUGGAAUUGCCCUUAUUCAACUGACUUGUUCGCAAAGUUUGCUGAGGAGUUCAGCGAUAUAGACAGUGCCCCAUCAUUGCUUAUGUUAUCUGAAGUGGCUUCUUCCUUAGGAGUCACCAUUAUAGGUGGAUCGAUUCCGGAAAAGGAUGCUGGUCAGCUGUACAAUAGCUGCCCUGUGUUUGGGCCUAAUGGAGAGUUGAAGGCUAAGCACAGAAAAAUACAUUUGUUUGACAUGGGUAAGCCACUUCCGGGAGAGGUCCAAUUUAAGGAAUCAGUUAACAUUUCAGCAGGAGAGAAGCCUACAGUUGUUGAUACAGAUUUUGGACGCAUUGGAAUAGGAAUUUGUCAUGAUAUACGAUUUCCUGAGCUGGCAAUGUCAUACAGUGCCCGAGGUGCUCAUUUAAUAUGUUACCCUGGAGCAUUCAACAUGAGUACUGGGGCAACCCUGUGGGAACUGGAGCAAAGAACAAGGGCAGUAGAUAACCAGCUUUAUGUGGCAUCUUGCUCCCUGUCUCGAGAUUCAGCCAGUAGCUACAUGAUAUGGGGUCACUCCACUGUGGUUGGACCGAUGGGUAAAAUUAUUGCAACCACUGGGCAUGAGGAAGCAGCUCUAAUUGCUGAAAUUGAUUAUGCUGCGAUUCAAUGGACAAGCUCGUGCAGGGAAAGCCUCCCUUUGGAGAGCCAGAAGCGCAACGACAUCUAUCAAUUCGUAGACUUGCUCAGAGAAAGUCUCAACUCCUAAGAGGCUUUAAGAGCAGGACAUCUUGAUCAGCUAGCAUAUCAUAGUUCUGAAAUAGGUAUUUGUGGGAGUUCUUACCAAGAAAGUUGUUUUGCUUAUUUUGUUGGCAAUCAUGGUUGUAUCUUCUUUUUAUGGUCAUUCCAAAAGACAUUAGUUAACAAAUCUGGUAAAGUUUGGCAUCUCUUCAAGACACUUAUCAUUUGGAAGAGACUUGUUUCCACAGUUUGAACCCUCGAUCAAUCAUAUUGUUAUUCCUAAUCAUUGUAAAAUCCAAUGCUUACUCAGUAAUCGUUCAAGAA